GAGCAAGAAAGCAGGGCAGCAGCCCUCAUCGCCGGCGGCGACAAAGACGAAGCCGACGCCCUUGCCUUCAUCAUGCAAGUCAAGGCAGAGGUGGAGAGAUGCCUGGCGGCAGGCAUGAGCAAGGAGCAGAUGUUCCGAGAGCUUCGCGAGAAAGGAUCACACCCGGCGGCCACGUAUGCUGUUUACAAGGAGCUUCGUCACCAGAACAAAGAUUUCUUCAAAGAGUACUACGUCAAGAUGGAUGUGAGGAAGCAGGCCGAGCGGCUCAAACUUCUUGUGCAUCAGUACCGAACGGUUCGUGACACGGUUGCCCUCCCAAGAGCUCCAGGAACAGAGACCCAGCAAACCGCCAUGGCCAUCCCGCCAGAUGACAUGGGAUUGCUGGACGACUGGACCGUGCUGUCUGGGCUGAACGGUGAUCCUCAGUCUGCGGCCACCUCUGCGCAAUUACCCACUGGACAACCGCUUCAUCAGAGAGAGCAGCCGGUUCCCAACGGCGGGAACCAACGGGUACCGGUGCCAUCGGCAGCUUGUACUACUUCUGAUGGUGCCAUGGCGGUAUCCUAUCCUUGGGCGUGCACCGAUAACGUUGGAACGAUGGGGUGGCAGGGCGAGCAAGCUGUUCCUCUGCAGCAUUGGUGGCCUCGUUCAGGUGGAUGCGUCCUUCCACCAAAGGGCUGGCAACCUCCAUCUUCUGGUGAUAGACUACCAGAGAACGGUAGCCACCACGCUGGCGCUGCUCCAUGGCACAGCCAGCAAGCUGAGCCAUCCUGGCGGCCUGGUACGCAGCCACACUCACAAUUGGACAGCCUACAGUCGUACGGGAAUUUUCUAGCUCAUGUCACCUCAUGGCACGGUGAGCAAGCUCAUGAACCCCUGCAUCAAUGGCAGGCUGGUAGGAAACCAUAGACACCAACUGAAUUUCCACGAGAGUAUCGGAACCUUGACGGUCAUGCUGCUCCGGAGUAACAUCCCUGGUUCUGGUUGGAGUUACAUC